AUUACAUUUAUGAGACUAGUUGACUUUAACUAACUUAUCUGCUCAAGGAACUUAGCUUUCUUGAAACUAACAACAAAUAUGUCUUCCACUGAAGAUUCACAAGCUGAACUGACAAUGGAUUAUGAUCGAUUGAAGGAGAUAAACGAUUUCGAUGAUACAAAAGCUGGUGUUAAAGGACUAGUUGAUUCUGGAACUGUGAACAUACCAAGAAUGUUCAUUAGGCCACCUGAUGAACUUGUUGAAGAGUUGAAUCAGUGUAAGUCAACGCUAAAGAUUCCAGUGGUGGAUCUAAGUAACGUAGAAGUUGAAGAUCGACGUAAGAAAAUUGUCGAUGAAAUAAGGGAAGCAUCAGAAAAAUGGGGAUUUUUCCAACUAAUAAAUCAUGGUGUUCCUUCAAGUGUUUUGGAAGGAAUGAUUGAUGGGAUUCGUAAAUUUCAUGAACAAGAUGUUGAGUUAAAGAAAGAGUAUUAUACGCGUGAUCAUACGCGAAGAAUUAGAUAUGAGAGCAAUUAUGAUCUUUACCAAUCAAAGACUGCAAACUGGAGGGAUACACUGAACAUUUCUAUGCUAGUUUCUAGUAAUAUUGAACCUGAAGAAAUACCAGCAGUUUGCAGGAGCACAUCCAUUGAGUAUAUAAAUCAUGUCACAAGGCUAGCAGACACUCUAUUCAGCAUACUAUCUGAAGCACUUGGGCUAAAAUCAGACCACUUGAAAACCAUGGAAUGCGUGGAAGGGAAAACAUUUGCAUGCCAUUACUAUCCGGCAUGUCCAAAGCCAGAGCUAACUCUUGGUGCUUCUAACCAUACAGAUACUGCUUUCCUUACCAUUCUUCUUCAAGAUCAAAUCGGUGGCCUUCAAGUCCUGCACGAUAACCAGUGGAUCGAUGUUGAGCCAAUUUCACAAGGCUUGGCUGUUAAUAUUGGCGAGAGUCUUCAGAUUUUAUCAAAUGACAAGUUUGUGAGUGUAAAUCAUAAAGUUCUAGCGAAUAAGGUAGGACCGAGGAUGUCAGUGGCAUGCUUCUUCACUGGCGUUUCUGCAACUUCAAAGAUCUAUGGUCCAAUCAAAGAGCUCAUAUCAGAAGAAAAUCCCCCUCUUUAUAAAGAAUUUUCAGUAAGUGAUUACAUGGCUAAGUUUAUAUCCAGGCCACUUGGUAAGUCUACUCUUGACCUUUUCAGACUGUAAAGAGAGACUAAGCGCUAGUUUGCCAAGCAGCAAUACUUCAGAAACAACAACAUACCCAGUAUUAUCCCACAUCGUGGGGUCUGGGGGGGUAAUGUGUACACAGACCUUACCCCUGCCUUUGUGAAAGUAGAGAGGCUGUUUCCAAUAGCAAUACUUCAGAAAAUACAUGAUUAUUUUUACAAGGCAGUUUCGACGUUUGUGAUUUGCUCUACAGUAAUGUUUUACCUUUGACUGCUGGAUUAGCUAAGAGCAAUGUUGCUUUUUCCUGUUUUUAUCUUCAAAUAAAUAGGAUCAAUGUCAAGAACACAACCUUAAUACCUUAUGUAUUGUUAAUUUUUGUUACGUA